GACAAUAGACUGGCGCUACGAUUAUCAUUUCUCUUUUGUUUGAUUUUUCAGUUACCAGUGCUAUUGGGGCACUUUGGAUGUAUUCCUCGCAGAUUGGUUGUAGAGCAGUAUGCUUGACGUCAGAGCGGACCAGGAUUGCGACCCCGCCUCUUCUGGUUGUGUUGGGAUCAGUGGCUACAUACUUGAUAUAUCCAGAGCUCAAUUUCUGGCAUUUUGUUGCUCGCACCACACGCAUUCCAGAAUGCAAUUUUGAGAGGAUUGGCAUUCAGGGGGCUGCCGUAGCUGUCAUUGCGAGCCUGGAUAGGAGUACCUCUAGUCGUCAUUUGGCAUGUCAUUGGCUGUGUCAAGCUCCAUGGAGGCUAUGCUGCUUGCAUUCCUUUGUCUGGAUGCCUGCUGGAGUAGUUCUUGCUGUUAAUGGGGUUGUGCUGGUAAUGUACUGCUAGCAGCUUGGUGUUCAAUAAAGCGCAUCAUAACAUUUAUUAAUUGGUCUAUUUUAUUUUCUAGCUUAUUGAACAUGGUUAGGUA